GAACUGAAUCAAGAGUUAAAGCAAAAAUAAUAUCAGACGAAUUUGUUUUGGGGGAUUUUAGUGACAUUUUGUGACCUCAAAAUUCAUAUCUAACUUGUAGCUCACCCGGGAUAUAGAUUAUUGAGGGUGGCCAGUAGCACAAUGCGACGCUCAGGAGCUCCCAGCCAGCUCUUGGGUAAUGCUGUGAAAAAGCCCCGGUUUGUGGCCCCUGGAGCAUCUACUUCCUGUCUUGUGGCUCAAUCCAAGCCCUUUACACCUAAACUUGGUUUAGGCAAUGCACUGGAAAAGGUCCAGAGAAGUCUAGCAGCACCAGCUCAGAGUAAAACGGCGUAUGAUGUUCAGCCCAAAGCUGCCCAGCCUGCUCCAGCCUUGUCGAGGGCUCUGGCUCGUGUUCUCAGCGCAGCGGAAAGUAAGGAAAAUGAGGCUGAGACCGAACAUCCCAGCAAUGGCUCAGGAGAGCACACUGAAGACAACAGACCUGCAGGAGUGGACGGAUACCCUCAGCCUCCAGUGAGUUCACUCUGUGUCACUGGAGCUGUCGGCUCGGGCUGCAGUCAGGACGGAGCGCGUUACUUCAGUGUGAUGUGGUGUAAAGCCAGUAAGAAGAAACACAAGCGCUGGGAGGGCGAUGCAGUCCUGGUUACAAGAGGACGCACUGCCACACUGAAAGAUAUGGAGGGCAAGGACAUUGGAAAGGGAAGUGGCUACAAGGUGUCCGUGUUGGCCUCCCUGUCCGAGGGAGAGACCUUGAUGAUCGGGGGGAAGGAGGUGGAGGUGAUGGGGUUAAUAUCUGCUGAGGACUUCGCCAGUGGCCGUUGCUUCCAAGAGGUCCAGGUAGAGAAAGAGGAGCUGCAAACAAAGGCAGCGCCGCCUCCCUCUCGUAGCUUGGUGUCCAAACGUUUCUGCUCCCCAACACUAUUGGGUGGAGCAAAUCAUCCCGGAUCCCAACCGGAGGAAGAACAGACCUGCAGACCUCGCCAUGACCCACUGGCUCCAGGUGCACUGGUGAUGCCUCGUCCCUCUGCCAAUCACCAGUGGUCUAACAACAAGUCUGGGCUUCCUGUGGUUGAUGUUGUCAUUGACCCGUUCCUGACCAAUCAGCUGCGACCGCACCAGAGAGACGGCCUUCUCUUUCUCUAUGAGUGUGUCAUGGGCUUGAGAGCUGUGGGUCGCUUUGGGGCUAUCCUGGCUGACGAGAUGGGUCUGGGGAAGACCCUCCAGAGCGUCGCACUGUCCUGGACUCUGCUCAAACAAGGACCCUACGGUGGGAAACCAGUCACUAAGCGUGUCCUUGUGGUCACACCUGGCAGCUUAGUGCACAACUGGGCUGCAGAGUUUAACAAGUGGCUCGGCCGUGAGAGGAUCAGCGUCUUUGCUGUGGAUCAGGACCACCGGAUAGAGCAGUUCUUGAUCUCCCCUCUGCACAGCGUUCUUGUGAUCAGCUAUGAAAUGCUGCUGCGCUGCUUGGAGCAGGUUCAGAAAGUAGAGUUUGGUCUUGUGAUUUGUGACGAGGGCCACAGAUUAAAGAACAGCAGCAUCAAAACGUCCUCAGCCAUCAGCAGCCUGAGCUGUAGUCGCAGAGUCAUACUAACAGGCACCCCAGUACAGAAUGACCUGCAGGAGUUCUAUGCUAUUAUAGAGUUUGUUAACCCGGGGAUCCUCGGGUCGUCCACUGCUUACAGAAAAGUAUAUGAGGAGCCAAUUCUACGCUCCAGACAGCCGUCCUGCUCAGAGGAGGAGAGCGUUUUGGGCGAAGAGCGGGCAGCAGAGCUCUCUCGCCUGACUGGCAUGUUCAUCCUGAGACGGACGCAGGAGAUCAUCAACCGCUACCUGCCUCCUCGUCUGGACUGGACGUUGUUCUGCGAAUCGUCCCCUCUGCAGAGAGAGCUGUACACACAUCUCCUCUCCCACAGAGUCUUCAGAGCCUGCCUUCAGGGCUCCACACAAACUCACACACACCUGGCCUGCAUCACUGCACUGAAGAAGCUCUGUAACCACCCUGGCCUGCUCUACUCCUCUGCCAAGGAAAAAGCAGACAGUGGUUCAGUGGAGAACUCCUUAUACGAGGGCUUGGUUGAGCUCUUCCCAGAAUCCUACUCUUCAGGUGCAUUUAACACGGCUGACUCUGGAAAACUUUUGGUUCUGUCGAACAUGCUGACUGCCAUCAGACAACUCAGCCCUUCAGACAGGGUGGUCGUAGUGUCCAACUAUACUCAGACGCUUGACCUGCUCCAGGACUUGUGUGUACAUGCAGGCUACACCUUCUGCCGACUUGAUGGACACACACCCACCAACCAGAGACAGCGGCUGGUUGAUGGUUUUAACAGUCCCUACUCUCAGAACUUCCUGUUUCUGCUGAGCUCCAAAGCAGGCGGCGUUGGGCUUAAUCUGGUGGGGGCCUCCCACCUGGUGCUGUACGAUAUUGACUGGAACCCUGCCAAUGACAUUCAGGCAAUGGCCCGAGUGUGGAGAGAUGGACAGAAGAAGACUGUGCACAUCUAUCGUCUCCUCACUGCAGGCACUAUUGAGGAGCGAAUAUUCCAGAGACAGGUGUCCAAACAGGGGCUCUCUGGGACGGUGGUGGACCUGGGCAAAAGGGCGGAGCACACCAACUUCUCCAGCAGUGAACUGCGAGAUCUCUUUAGCCUGACUGACACGCUCUCUCUAACACACGACCUGCUGAACUGCAGCUGUAGCAUGGACGGCUCUGUCCAGCCUGUUUUAGAGGAAGAGGAGCAGGUUUCUGAAAGGCCGUGCCAGCUCGGUCGUCAAGGUGACCGAGGAGUGGCCCAGCAGAAGCAUCUCAGCAUGUCCGAGCUGAUGCAGUGGAGACAUUUCUCUGGUGACACAUACACCUUCUCAGAUCCAUACCUUGAUGUCGCACGAGACCACAUCACCUUCGCCUUCCAGACCACCAUCUCUCACACAGCUCCGUAGACAAACACCUCUAGAUUACACUCUAGACUAUAGACAAUUCACACACACACACACACACACACACACACACACACACACACACACACACACACACACACACACACACACAACUCUCAACAGAGCUGCCAACAACAGCAAUAAGUGACAUUCCGAGAUCCUGGGUCUUCUGGGGCUUUUUAUUUAUUUAU